AUGUGGAAUAAGUAUUGUAAAAGAAAGAUUCCAAUGCUGGUACAAUGGAAAGGUGGUUCCCAGCUUUGGAAAAACAUGUUGGAGGCUACAGAUGCAAUUGAGCAGGAUAUAAAGUGGGAGCCAAGAGAUGGUUCAGCCAACUUUUGGUGUUGCUCAAAACCACCGCAAGAAACAAUGGAACAUGUAUUUCUUACAAGUGACUAUGCAACUAGUGUGUGGAAAGUAUUUGCAGAUGCAGUUGGUGUGCAAGGUCCAUUUGUUCAAAUCAAGCAAACUGUUAAGAAAUGGUGGGAUACUGCAUGUUCAACCAAGUUGAAACCACUAUAUCCAGAAGCUCCAGCUAUUAUUAUGUGGCAAUUGUGGAAGAGAAGAAAUGCAGUGGUUCAUGUGGAAAAGAUGUCCAGACACAAGGUCUUGUAUGAGAUUAACUUGAAUCUAAUUCAGCUUGCCAAGACAAGAUAUCCGUGGUUGAAGAACAUGGCCAACUCUUUGCCUCAUCUUGUGCAACAGUUGGAAGGUUACAGACCACACAUUACAUAUACGAUGGUGCAAUGGUGUAGUCCUGAUCAGGGGUGGUAUAAAUGUAACAGUGAUGGGGCCUCCAAAGGCAAUCCUGGUCCUAGUACUACUGCUUUCUGUGUUAGAAAUCAUGAUGGUGAUUUUAUUUAUGUAAGUGCUAGGAGGAUUGAAGAUACUACUAUCAAUUAUUUAUGCAAGUGCUAG